AUGAGUAUAAGCAGUGAUGAGGUUAACUUCCUGGUAUAUAGAUACUUGCAAGAGUCAGGCUUUUCCCAUUCAGCAUUUACCUUUGGUAUAGAGAGCCAUAUCAGCCAGUCUAAUAUAAAUGGUGCUCUGGUGCCACCAGCUGCUUUGAUUUCCAUCAUCCAGAAAGGUCUGCAGUAUGUAGAGGCAGAAGUCAGUAUUAACGAGGAUGGUACCUUGUUUGAUGGUAGGCCGAUAGAGUCUCUCUCACUGAUAGAUGCAGUAAUGCCUGAUGUGGUACAGACAAGACAACAGGCCUACAGAGAUAAACUUGCACAACAGCAGGCAGCAGCUGCUGCAGCUGCAGCCACAACUAACCAACAGGGAUCAGCAAAAAAUGGAGAAAAUACUGCAAAUGGAGAAGAGAAUGGAGCACAUACUAUAGCAAAUAAUCACACAGAUAUGAUGGAAGUAGAUGGAGAUGUUGAAAUCCCUCCCAACAAGGCAGUGGUGCUGCGUGGCCAUGAAUCUGAAGUAUUCAUCUGUGCCUGGAAUCCCGUCAGUGACCUUUUGGCCUCAGGAUCUGGAGAUUCAACAGCACGGAUAUGGAACCUCAGUGAAAACAGCACGAGUGGCUCUACGCAGCUGGUACUUCGACACUGUAUACGAGAAGGAGGGCAGGAUGUACCCAGCAACAAAGAUGUAACAUCGCUGGAUUGGAAUAGUGAAGGUACACUUCUAGCAACUGGGUCUUAUGAUGGCUUUGCAAGGAUAUGGACUAAAGAUGGUAAUCUUGCCAGCACCUUAGGGCAACAUAAAGGUCCUAUAUUUGCGUUAAAAUGGAACAAGAAAGGAAACUUCAUUUUAAGUGCAGGAGUGGACAAGACCACAAUUAUUUGGGAUGCCCACACUGGUGAAGCCAAGCAGCAGUUUCCUUUUCAUUCUGCACCAGCAUUAGAUGUUGACUGGCAGAGUAACAACACAUUUGCCUCUUGCAGUACAGACAUGUGUAUUCACGUUUGUAAACUAGGACAAGAUAGACCCAUCAAAACCUUCCAGGGUCAUACAAAUGAAGUAAACGCAAUCAAGUGGGAUCCAACUGGUAAUCUUCUGGCAUCCUGCUCUGAUGAUAUGACUCUAAAGAUCUGGAGUAUGAAACAAGACAGUUGUGUCCAUGAUUUACAAGCACACAACAAAGAAAUUUAUACUAUCAAAUGGAGUCCCACAGGACCAGGAACAAAUAAUCCAAAUGCCAAUCUCAUGUUAGCGAGUGCAUCCUUCGAUUCUACUGUUAGGUUAUGGGAUGUAGACAGAGGAAUUUGUAUUCAUACUCUGACAAAACAUCAAGAACCUGUGUACAGUGUAGCUUUCAGUCCUGAUGGCAGGUACCUGGCCAGUGGCUCCUUUGAUAAAUGUGUACACAUCUGGAACACACAGACAGGUGCCCUAGUUCACAGUUAUCGGGGAACAGGAGGGAUUUUUGAGGUUUGCUGGAAUGCAGCAGGAGACAAAGUUGGAGCAAGUGCUUCAGAUGGUUCAGUUUGUGUAUUAGACCUACGGAAAUAGCGCUACUAG